CCGAGAAAGUUAAAUUUGGAUACUUCUCCCAUUUAAUAAAGCGUACGAUUCCCAGCGAGUCAGCAGUUUUACCACGGCAGCGAGUUAAUCAACAUCUGGAUACAGCUAGAUCGGUAGUUUUAGUCGAUUUGCAACGCCAUUAGAACGUAGAAUUGGGAAAAACCCGUGCGUGGAAGAGGAAAAGCCAGUGAAAAUGUACGGCAUUGAUAAUUACCCCAAGAAUUAUCAUGCCAGUGGCAUUGGCCUUGUCAACCUGGCGGCCUUGGGCUACAGCAAGAAUGAAGUCAGCAACGAGGGAGCAGGAGGAGCCCCCAAGCCCAAGGCGGGUCUCUACCCCUCGCUGCCCUAUCCCUCAUCGGAAUCCGUGGGCGGAAUGCCAUAUGUGGUGAAGCAGACGAGUCACGCCCAGAAUGCCUCGUACCCGGGAACCGGAAUGGGCAUGGGAAUGCCCGUGCCCGGAGCACCAGCUCCCUAUCCCAGUGCCACGCCAUAUCCGGCAGCCGGACUCUAUCCCAGUUUGCCCUCCGCCAAUUCAGGAGCAUCGCUGCCGUAUCCCAGUGCUCCCAUGGCGCCCUAUCCAACUGGAAUGCCCUACGGAGGCAUGCCGCAGCCCAAUCUUCCCUAUCCGGCUGCUCCACUAGCCCCUUAUCCAACGGCCAUGCCCGGUUUCCCCAGCAUGCCAAUGCCGUAUGCGCCCUUGCCAACGAGUCCGGCUCCCCAGCAGCAACACGGCGGCGGCGGAGGAUUCCCAGCUCUGCCAUAUCCCACGGCUCCGCCACCGGCCAGUGCUCCCACCCAGGAGGAGGAGCCCUCCGUGGGCAUUGCCGAGCUGAGCUUCACCAGCGUCAAGGUGCCGGAGAAUCAGAAUAUGUUCUGGAUGGGUCGCAAGGCCACCAGUACGCGGCAGAAUAGCGUCAGCAAGGGUGAUUUCGAAUCCCUUCGCGCCAGCUGCGUGGCCAAUGGCACCAUGUUCGAGGAUCCCGACUUUCCGGCCACCAAUGCCUCGCUGAUGUAUUCCCGGCGACCCGAUCGCUACUACGAGUGGCUCCGUCCGGGCGAUAUCGUCGAUGAUCCGCAGUUCUUUGUGGAGGGCUACUCGCGGUUCGAUGUCCAGCAAGGAGAACUUGGUGAUUGCUGGCUCCUGGCUGCCGCAGCCAAUCUCACGCAGGACUCGACGCUGUUCUUCCGCGUUAUCCCUCCGGAUCAGGACUUCCAGGAGAACUACGCUGGCAUCUUCCACUUCAAGUUCUGGCAGUAUGGCAAGUGGGUGGAGGUGGUCAUCGAUGAUCGGUUGCCUACUUAUAAUGGCGAACUAAUCUACAUGCACUCCACGGAGAAAAACGAAUUCUGGAGCGCCCUGCUAGAGAAGGCCUACGCCAAGCUCCAUGGAUCCUAUGAAGCUCUCAAGGGCGGCACCACCUGCGAGGCCAUGGAGGACUUCACCGGCGGCGUCACCGAGUGGUAUGACAUCAAGGAGGCUCCUCCAAAUCUAUUCAGCAUCAUGAUGAAGGCCGCCGAGCGCGGUUCGAUGAUGGGCUGCUCUUUGGAGCCCGAUCCCCAUGUUCUGGAGGCGGAGACGCCUCAGGGUCUGAUUCGCGGACACGCCUACUCCAUUACCAAGGUCUGCCUCAUGGACAUCUCGACUCCGAAUCGGCAGGGCAAGUUGCCCAUGAUCCGCAUGCGUAAUCCCUGGGGCAACGAUGCCGAGUGGAGCGGUCCGUGGAGCGACAGCUCGCCGGAGUGGCGCUUUAUUCCGGAGCACACGAAGGAGGAGAUUGGCCUGAACUUUGACCGGGACGGCGAGUUCUGGAUGUCCUUCCAGGACUUCCUCAACCACUUUGAUCGUGUGGAGAUCUGUAACUUAUCGCCCGACUCGCUGACGGAGGAUCAGCAGCAUAGCUCUCGUCGCAAGUGGGAGAUGUCCAUGUUCGAGGGCGAGUGGACUUCGGGCGUAACGGCCGGAGGUUGCCGCAACUUCCUGGAGACCUUCUGGCACAAUCCGCAGUACAUCAUAUCGCUGGAGGAUCCCGACGACGAGGAUGACGACGGCAAGUGCACGGCCAUUGUGGCCCUGAUGCAGAAGAAUCGACGCAGCAAGCGCAACGUGGGCAUUGACUGCCUGACCAUUGGAUUUGCUAUUUAUCACCUGACGGACAGGGACAUGCAGGUGAAGCCGCAGGGCCUGAACUUCUUCAAGUACCGCGCUUCAGUGGCCCGAUCUCCGCAUUUCAUCAACACGCGCGAGGUGUGCGCGAGGUUCAAGUUGCCUCCUGGUCACUACCUCAUCGUUCCUUCGACUUUCGAUCCGAACGAGGAGGGCGAGUUCAUCAUUCGCGUCUUCUCGGAGACGAUGAACAACAUGGAGGAGAACGACGACGAGGUGGGCUUUGGCGAGACCGAUGACCGCAUUGCUCCAGCUCUGCCGCCGCCAACGCCCAAGGAGGAGGACGACCCGCAGCGCAUUGCCCUGCGUCGCCUGUUCGACAGCGUGGCGGGUAGCGAUGAGGAGGUCGACUGGCAGGAGCUUAAGCGCAUUUUGGACCACUCGAUGAGGGAUGUAAUGGUGGGCACGGAUGGCUUCUCCAAGGAUGCCGUGCGUUCGAUGGUGGCCAUGCUGGACAAGGAUCGCUCCGGUCGCCUGGGCUUCGAGGAGUUCGAGGCCCUGCUCACCGAUAUUGCCAAGUGGCGGGCGGUCUUUAAGCUAUACGACACCCGUCGCACUGGCAGCAUCGAUGGCUUCCAUCUGCGCGGAGCGCUCAAUUCGGCUGGCUACCAUCUGAACAACCGGCUCCUGAAUGCCCUGGCCCAUCGCUACGGCUCGCGGGAGGGACAGAUACCCUUCGACGAUUUCCUCAUGUGCGCCAUCAAGGUGAGGACCUUCAUCGAGAUGUUCCGCGAAAGGGACACGGAUAAUUCGGAUACGGCCUUCUUCAAUCUGGACGACUGGCUGGAGCGAACAAUUUACUCUUAAAUUAACUGCAAUUGAUACUAAUCUAAUCCUAAGUGCCACGAAUACUUAACCUGUGCAUUAUACUUUUCAUGCAUGAUAUAAGCAAAGCAACAUGAC